GCCGAGUGUAGCUGAACUCGGAAGCCGCUGCCAUGGGUCUGCGCAAGAAAAGCAAGAACCCGCCGGUGCUCAGCCACGAAUUCAUCAUCCAGAACCACGCCGACAUCGUGUCGUGUGUCGCCAUGGUUUUCCUGCUCGGACUCAUGUUCGAGAUGACCGCUAAGAUAGCUGUUUCUUUUGUCACUCUUCAAUAUAAUGUUACAUUCACUGCAACAGAUGAAAAGACUGAACAAUUUAUUCUUUACCAUUACGGCUUGAAAGAUUUGGCCACAAUUUUCUUUUACACGUUGGUUGCAAUCAUUCUCCAUGCCAUCUUACAAGAGUACGUGCUUGAUAAAAUCAACAGGCGAAUGCACUUUUCAAAAACAAAGCAUAGCAAAUUCAAUGAAUCUGGACAACUCGGCGCCUUUUACCUGGUUUCUUUUGUCUGGGGAACGUGCAUUCUAUACUCUGAAAAUUAUGCAACAAAUCCUACAAAUUUAUGGGAAAGCUAUCCCCACACACUGAUGCCAUUUCAGGUGAAGUUUUUCUACAUCGCACAGUUGGCAUAUUGGUUUCAUGCCUUGCCAGAACUUUAUUUUCAGAAAACCCGGAAGGAGGAUAUUCCUCGGCAGCUUCUGUAUACCAGUUUGUAUGUUUUUCAUAUUGCUGGAGCUUAUCUGCUAAACCUGAACCGUUUUGGCCUAGUACUACUGGUGUUGCAUUAUUUUGUGGAACUUUUGUUUCAUAUUUCUCGCCUGUUUUACUUCAGUGAUGAAAAGAAUGAAAGGGGAUUUACCCUUUGGGCCUUCUUGUUUGUAGUGGCACGUCUGCUUACUCUCUCUCUAUCUGUCCUCACAUUUGGAUUUGGCCUUGCUGGAGCUCAAAAUCAAAGCCUGGAUUUAGCUUCAGGAAACUUUAACAUACUGGCUGUAAGAAUAAGUGCCCUGGCUGCCAUUUGCCUGACACAAGCAUAUAUGAUGUGGAAGUUCAUUAAUUUCCAACUUAAGAGGUGGAAAGAGCAUGCACAAAUUCAGGCUCUAAAAAAGAAAGCUACCAUUACAAAGAGCAAAGCAGCUAAAAAAGGAGAAAAUAAAGCUAAUGGAGUAAAUGGGACCGUCACUUCUGAAGAUAGAGAUUCUCCUCGUGCAAGAAAAGUCAAAUCGUCUUGAAAGUUAUACUACAUCGGUACAUAAAUUGCCAAUUUCAUGAUUUGUUUCUGCUUUGACAAUUUCCCCUCAAACAUUAUUUAUUUGCUGCAGCAAGCAACAUUUACUUCUAAGUACUUGUGUAAUGCUGUGCAUUCAAAAGCCAAUAAAGCUAAAGGGAAAGAAAAGCGGAGGGUGGGAGGUUACUCAUUAUUCAAAUAAUUCCCCUGUUUUAUAGAAGGAAAAUAAUAGCUUGAACAGAUGCUUUAUUUUUGACAUUUUAGUAAGAUCUUGCCUCCCAGAGCAACACCAUUAGAAAAUAUGGAGGGAAGCAACUUAAAGCUGAUCUGAGAUCAGGUUUAGAGCUGCUAUCCUCGAGAAACCACACUAUAGCUAGAGUCCAGGUUUCUCAAUCCAUAGUGUUGUUUCUCAAGUUUGGACAGCUCUGUUGUGACUCGUCAGAGAACCACAAAUCCCUGAUUUUUUUUUUAACUGAACCACUUCAGGAGACGCAGUGUGAUGUCUUUGAGCAUGGAGGACUGCAAUUAAGGAUCUCUGUGCUAGUAAGAAACAUGUUUGUGCUAACGUGUCAAAAAAAAACUUCUGCUAUAACUUUUUAAAAACUUACAUGGAUGAUUCAGUGAUCUGGUUCUCCCUGUACAGCGUGGCACUUGCAUGGGCACAUCUACAGACAUUGCAGGGGGGCCUGCAUUUGCUAUGAUCUGCCCACUGGAAGUGCCAGCAACUGGUCUGGCAGGAGGUGGUGGGUGCCGCAUGCCAAUAAAAUAGUAAGAAAAAUUUUGCCAACAUCAUGUAAAACUGUGAUGGGCUGCAGAGAAAGAAUUCAGGCAGACACAAUAUGAAAAAUAGAAUGAUUUUUAACAUUAUGCUUGUUUUCACCUGUGGUGUGUGUCAAGUUAUAUUUUGGAAACCAUUCCCGCCUGUAAGAAGGGUUGUUUUGCCAAUUGCAAGCUUGAUUAUAUUAGAAGUCAGAAACUCAUCACCUAAAUUCUAAUUUCAAAUGCUAUAAGUUGUCAAGUUCUAUAAGAGUCUCUAAUUAUUGUUCAUUGUUGGUACUGAUACUUAUGGGAAAUGAUUUUGAAAGUGAAAUUAUCGAAAAGGAGAUAUGUAUAUUUUCAAAGCUAAAUAAAUUGGAUUAAAAUAAAUGCAAGUUCUUAUGACAGGCUACUAAUAGAUUAAUUUUCUAUGCCUUAAUUUGUCGUAAUUGGAACAGCAGUAUUCUUCUCCAUUAAUCUACUUGACUAUUUUCAAUCAGUUUUAUAACUUCAAAGCCAAACUCUAUGUUCUCAGGUUAAUUUUGAACAGGAGCAGUCUGUGAAGAGACCACUGCAAUAAAGUUUUUCUUUUAAAAUGCAACAGUUACAUUGCAGUAGAGCUUCAUGGAGAAAAGAAAUAUGCUUUUUUUAUUUUUUUACUCUAAUAAAAGACACAAAAAGGGCUGCCAAAUUUUAAUAGCAGUUUUAUAAAACUUAAACUAGGCCUUAGUGUGGCAAAAUGGCUGAUGUGAUAGAUAAUUAUGUGACUGUUAUUAUGGGGACAAUUAUUGUACAACAAUCUUUACUUAGGGAAUUGUUGAUUUCAAAAGAAGUUUAUUAAUUUUAUAAAACAAUUUAGAUAAAUGAAAAUUUCAUAUACGAAGAUCUUUGUUACCUUAAACUUAAAGUCAUUCCUAGGUUGCUAACGAAUGAUGGAGCCUUGUUACAAUACAUUUUCUUUUUGUAAAUUAAGGAAUGUUCCUGGAUGAAGCACUUCAAAUACUUUUCUCCUGGAAAAUACAGUCCUGAAUAUUAUUUGGAAUAUAACUUAAUUUUUUGUAUGCGGAUGAAGGGCUAGAAGUAGAGGAUAAGCUGCAGAUUGUUCUUUUUGCUGCAAUGCAGCCUCAAACCCAAGAAGGUGACCACUCUCUGCUGCAAAGGUCACUGGGACUAGGUGGCACAAUGGGGUCUGUCUCUUCGCUUCUGAGUUGAACAGAGUAAUGAGGUGAAGGCCUCUGUCUCUGGCUGUGGUUCCUGAAUGAUAUGAAUUUGGGUAGCUGUAACUCAGUUAAUGACCCAAAGCACAAAAACCAUCCACAAUUUUCAUUAAAGUGACAGUCUCAGGGUGGCCAAGGAGUGGUUGGGAGUUGGGAUGAGUCAUGUCGUCAAGAGUAGAAACAGAGUAAAAGCAGCUUCCUAUUGUGCCUGACCACUAAACCUGACCUGGGAUUGAUUGUUGCUGAGUGUUUGAAGUGGAAAAGUAUUUUCUUCACAAGUACUAUCCUUCCUCACAUCAGUGAGCACACCAGUUCAUCUUGCUGCCAAAAUAUACUUGUAAACAAUAAGUCCAAUGCUGUAAUUUUGAAUGGAACAUCCAGGGAUUAUUUCUUUAACUUCAAGUUUGCUUAGUACAGAUUAUUAUUUUAGACACUUAAAGUUGCUGGAAAAAUGUAAUCUUUUGACUAGCAUCUGUUGUGAGUACAUUAAGAUGCGGUACAUUUUACAGAACUAAGAUCAAGGUUCUGAUUAUAAUACAGGAGACAUGGUUUUAUUAAAAAGUGUAUUGUCUAAAAAUUGUAAUUUCAGUUCUGAAAGAGCAGCCUGGUUUCCUGUAACUGCAGUUAUUGCAGAGCAAACGCGAAGUAAAACUGUCCAUCCUA